AUGUGGAAAUCCUUUGUUACCUCCAUUAACAAACUUUCGUUUUAUGAAGUAGAAGAGUCUAGGAAGCCUUUUCUUAAUGCAAAACCUAUAUACAGAGAUGAGCUAGAGAAUAAGGCAUCAAAAAAGAAGGCAGAGAAGAAAAGAGACCCUUCUGCACAUUCAAAACCAAAAGAAGAUGGGAAGGAUUUUGAGAAGAAAAGCUAUGGAUCUAGUACUAGUGCUGACAAAAAGGAGGUGAUUACAGUAAAAGUCAGGAUGACAAAACAAGAAGCAGCUCGAAUGUUGUCCAAGUGCAAAGAUGGAGGGUUCCUUGACUUCAAAGAUGUGGCACAUGAGCUUGCGCACAUACCACCAGAUCGUGUUAAUAUUGUGUCAGCUGAAGCUAGAAAUGGUCAAGUGCUUAAGAGCAUCCCAGAAGAGGUUUAG